AACGCUUUCUGCAGACUACAAGAGCCAGAAGUCUUUUAGCCUAAAAUAUGAUUUAUUUAGGUGUUUCCACUUUAGCAUUCUGUCUUUUCCCAGGUACAGUAUACUCACUCGAUCUUGGUGAAAAGAUUCGCCAAACUGUGAUCAGCCUGUUCGACAAGAAGCCUGGUGUACAAUGCGACAAAUACACUGACUUACAGUGUCCAAACAAUCAAGUCACCUUCUGGCUCUAUACCAGGGAUCGUCAGAAUGAUGGUUAUAAGUUCAACCCUUGUGAUGAAGCUACGAUACGAAACGCGCCCUUCAUCAGGAACCUACCUGUCAAGGUCCUUGUCCACGGAUACACCAUGAAUAAGGACAAAGCCAUCAACGAAGAACUUAGGCCUGCAUACUUCAAGAGCGGUGAUAUGAACAUAAUCUCCGUUGAUUGGAGCCCAAUCAGCAAAGAACAUUGCUACACCGAGGCAGCUUACAGUAUCCCCACAGUAGGCAAGUGUGUGGCGGAGUUCUUAAAACAAGUGCAGCGAUUACGUACAGACUUGGGACAGAUGCACAUGCUGGGCCAUAGCAUGGGAGCGCAUGUAGUGGCCUGGGCCUCUCUAGACCUUGACUUGCCCAGAGUGACACAGUUCGACCCGGCUCUUCCCUUGUUCUCUGACUCCGACAAACAUCUGUUCCGCAGACCCAGGGGUACCAUGGUCGACGUCUGGCAUUCCAACAGUGGGCUGAAGGGUAGAGAUGACGCUAGUGGCACUGUGGACCUCUACUUGAACGAUGAGAUGAACCAGCCAGGGUGCAGCUGUGGUGAGUAUUCGUCAAGUUGA